AUGGAUACCAUCUCUGACGAACAGACGCUUGGACAGGAGGUUACAAAGAAUACAGAAUGUAUAAGUAAUGAGUUAUUAAGUGGUAGUGAAGUUGCUUUUCCAGAUGAGAAUGAAUUCAGUUUGCAAUGUAAUGAUGAGUUCAGUUUGCUGGGUGAGAGUGAAAUCGAUUUGCAAGGUGAGGAAGAAGAUGAUUUAGUAAGUGAAGAUGAAGUUGAUGUGCAACCUGAGGAGACUUUUCAAUCAAGAAGUAAUGAUUCUUUUUUAAACUCAAAUGAAGACAAAGAGAAGAAAGAAGAACUAUAUAUCGGAAUGGAGUUUAGUUCCGAUGAGAGUGCAUAUAGAGCUUAUGCUAAAUAUGGAGGAAAAUCUGGUUUCAAUGUGAGGAAACAACGCAGGACAAGAAACAAGAAGGGUUUGGUUGUUAGGUUAGUUUAUUGUUGCUCAAAAGAAGGUUACCGAAAGACCAAAACAAAGGGGGAAACAUCUUAUUCAGUACCAGUUACAAGGGUCGGUUGUAAAGCCCAUAUGAGUUGUUAUCGUCAAAACAACGGAAAAUUAAAGAUUGUGUCGUUUGAGAGGAAUCGUAAUCAUGAGUUGAUUAAAACACCUAUGAAGCAUAUGUUAAAGAUCAAUAGAAGUUUCUCUAAAGCUCAAAAAGAGCAUGCUGAUGAUGCUGAGAUGUCAGGAAUUUCAGCAAAAGCAACAGUUGAAUUGAUGAGUAGAGAAGUUGGAGGACGAGAGAAUCUUGGUUUUAUGGAAAAGGACUAUCGGAAUUACAUACAUCGAAAGCGAAGGGUGAAUAUGGAAAAGGGAGAUGCUGGAGCUAUAUUGCAAUACUUCCAAAAAAUGAAAGAGGAUAAUUCAUCUUCUUUUUAUUCAAUGCAGCUUGAUGAGGAUGAUAUGAUCACAAAUAUUUUUUGGGCAGAUGAGCGUUCAAUAAGUGAUUAUGGUCUUUUUGGGGAUGUCGUUUGUUUUGACACAACUUAUCAAACUAAUGAAUAUGGUAGACCAUUUGCUCCAUUUGUUGGGGUCAAUCAUCAUAAGCAAACAGUGGUGUUUGGUGCAGCUCUAUUAUAUGACGAAACCAUUGAGUCCUUUAAGUGGCUUUUUGAGACUUUUCUUGGAGCGAUGUCUGGAAAGCAACCAAAGACCAUACUUACAGACCAAUCUGCAGCAAUUGCUAGUGCAAUAGCAGAAGUAUUUCCUGUGACUUAUCAUAGACUAUGUAUUUGGCAUAUUUACCAAAAUGCUGCAAAGAGAUUGAGUCAUGUGUUUCACGGAUCACAACAAUUUGCUCAUGAUUUUGGAAAGUGUGUAUAUGACUAUGAGGAUGAAGAUGAUUGGUUAUUAGCAUGGAAUAAUAUGCUCGAGAAGCACAAUUUGAAGGAGGAUAAAUGGUUAAAGAAUUUGUUUGAUGUGAGAGAAAAAUGGGCAUUGGAGGUGUAUACCCCAGAAGCUUUUAGACUCUUCCAGCAACAAUACACAAGUAUUGGUGAUUAUGUUGCUAAUAAAGUUAGCAAGUCUGAGAUGCAAUAUGAAUACAAAGUAUCUUAUCGUGGUGUUGCUCGAGAGCAUUUGGUAAAAUUUGAUGCUUCAAUGCAAACAAUAACUUGUAGUUGCAUGAAGUUUAAUUUUGUUGGGAUUUUAUGCCGUCAUGCAAUGAAAGUGUUGGAUAGGAAGAAUGUGAGAAGAAUCCCUCCUACUUGCAUAUUAAAUCGAUGGAGUAAAGAAGCUAAGGCAAGGAGCAUCACUAGUUAUCAUGGACCAAAGACUGAUGAAAAUCUGAAGCAGUCGAUUGGAAAGCGAUACAGCCAUUUGUGUCGUAAUUAUCGUGAGAUUGCAUCCUUUGCCUCAGAACAUGAGGAACUAACAAGGUAUGCAAAUGAAUAUGCCAUUGAGUUGCUUAAAAAUUUGGAAGAAAAGAAGAAGAAACUGUUGAAAGAAGAUGCAUGGGUGAUUCAAACAUCAGAUGUUGGAGCUUUAGAAGGUGAAGUAUCAAAUGCACGUGGAGUUAAAAGAAAAGCUACUGUUGGACGACCACGCGGUCGUCAUGGUAGAUUUAAAGGUGUCCUUGAAGGGAAGAGUUGUAAAGCCACAUCUAAAGCAUCAACAUCUCUAGCAAGUAAAGCUGCAGCAAAGAAACAACUAUCCUUCCAGGACUCUAUUCCUACUAGUGACAAUUGCGAGCAACAAGAAGUCAAUGAAUAUGAAGUUCUAAUGCUUGAUUCAGCAACUCAAGAGUCCAAUCUUAGUGCUGGUACCCAAGUAUCAGUUUAUGGCACAGGUCUAACUUUGCAGAACGACUUUUCUUUCACUCAAAUGCUCCAGGAAAUUUCAAUGAAUCAUAUUUGCUCUUCACAAAGCAAUGAAGGAGGCAAAGAGCAGUCUGGAAGUUGA